AUGGACUCGAAGCAUUCAGCCUUUUCACGGAAAGUCGACUUUUUCGAACAGUUUGAAUCGUCAAUUUCUGGGAAUGACGAUUUGGCCAUCUCUGAAUUAGCCCAACGUCGAAAGAGUCGAUGUUUUUUUGAGCCAAAGCCCGAGUCCCGUUCGGAGCGCGAUGCUCCCAAACACGCGGCGGAAGACGGCUCGAUGCUUAGGCCGCUUUCAGUGGCUACACCAGAGCCUGAGAUAAUAGACCUUUCGAAGGAGGUCGAGAUCAUCAAAGCCACACCCACUCAGAGGGUAGAACCUACUCAAGGGGAUAACAGAGGAAGGAGAAGGUCUAAGAACGGCCCAAGCCAACGGCUUUCAGAGCCGGUGCCCACCACGGAUGGCGACACGGUGAUACCAGACUCCGCCAAGGCCGCAGGCAAGACUCUGCGGCCGAGCGAUCCAACACCGGCCAUUCCACCUAUGAAACGUUUGCGCAACACUCGUGGUGCGACGGCGCCGGCGCCCUCGACCCGGGGACCUGCAGCUGCGAAGCGGCGUAAAACGGGGCCCGCCAAGGUUCGCCCGGAGCACGAGCAGAUAUUCAGAGGUUUGGAGUUCUUUUACAUCCCGGAUAAUGACAUUGCACCGACGCGGCGGCAACGGAUUGCGAAGGCAGUCGAGUACGGCGCGACGAGGACGGGAGCGGUGGACAGGGCGACGCAUGUUGUGGUGGACAGGAGCAUCUCGUACAAAGACAUCGAGAAGAUCAUCUCCAAGGGUCGUAAAGUGACGGAGCCGUUCGUUCUUGUGAAUGAAGAUUACCCCGUUGACUGCAUCCAGUUCAAAGCAAUCCUGGACCCUACGCAGGCCAAAUAUCUUCUCACAGGGCAACCGCCACCCGUUACUGUAGACCCUGCUAGCGAGGACGAGGUGUCAGGGAAACCUACGCAUCCUACGACCCCAAAUUCUGAAGGUCUGAGUAGAUCGCUCCAACUGAAGCCUCCGCAUAAAAACCGGAGCAAAUGGGAUUAUGUCCCUCUUGAAGAAUCGCCACAGAGAAGAGAGGAAUCACCAGCCUCUCAGGCAAGCCAUGUGAGCGGGACGCCCAUCCCGAUGGACUCGCAGCCUAUUGAGCUCGACUUGGGGUUUUCGAGAGAUGAGCAAUCAGAAGCAGAGCCGUGCGCAGACGGCAACAUCGCUGAUAGUAUUGUCGUGGCGAUGGAUGACCCCGACUCCCCAGUCGAUGAACCAGCGAGCCGGACCAAGCCUCCAAGCACACACAAAGAUGAACUAUCUGACUACAUCGCACUUAUGCAGGAGUAUAAGGACGUUCCGCUAGAUGCAGAUGAGGAGGAGGAGACGAAUGUCUCUGAAGGCUCAGGUCGAGAAUCAGGGUCCGAUCAGAAACCCAAUCGCAAAGGUAUUCGCUUUGAGGAUCGUUUUGCAUGUAAUCAUGCGGGAGUCAAGGAUGCAAAAGGAGGCAACCCUAACUCCAGAACGAUUGAGAUACUUGAAAAGAUGGCAAGCUACUAUGACAGGACAAACGACCAAUGGCGCACAAUUGCAUAUCGCAAGGUCAUUAGCACCCUUAAACGGCAGACCGUCAAGAUCACGACCGAGGAGGAAGCCUUCCGACUUCCGAAUAUCGGCCGGCGAUUGGCACAGAAGAUUGAGGAAAUUGUGACUACAGAUCGACUACAGAGAUUGGAGUAUGCCGAGGCAGAGCCACUGGACGAAGCGUUGCAACUAUUUCUACAAAUAUAUGGCGUAGGGAGUAGCCAGGCACAGCAAUGGAUUGCUCAGGGAUUCCGCACGCUGGAGGACCUGAAGGAAAAGGCGAAACUCACCCCCAAUCAGCUGCUGGGUAUCGAGCACUACGACGACCUGAACACCAAGAUUCCUCGCAGUGAGGUUGAGGCUCUUGGAGUUGUUGUGAAGAAGACGGCAGCUACUAUUGACCGCGACGUGGAGCUCAUCAUUGGGGGCAGCUACCGCAGAGGGUCAGAUAAAUCGGGUGAUAUAGACUUCAUCGUCACGAAGCCUGGGACAGAGUCGUCGCUCGAGUUGCGGCCAUUCCUCGACAAGUUGGUACAGCGCCUCGAAGAGAGCAAGUUUCUCGUCGCGAGACUGGCCUCCUCGCGGACUGGAAGUGACGGGAGCAAAUGGCACGGGUGUUGUGUGUUACCUGAGGGGGGGCGCGAUGCAGACACGGGGGAACAUGACUCGAUCUGGAGGCGAAUUGACUUUCUGGUGGUACCUGCGUCUGAGCUGGGUGCUGCAUUACUCUACUUUACCGGAAAUGACAUCUUCAACCGCAGUAUGCGAUUGUUGGCGUCAAAGAAAGGGAUGAGGUUGAACCAACGUGGUCUCUACAAGGACGUCAUGCGGGGACCUGGGCGGGCCAAGGUAACAGAGGGAGAACUCGUGGAAAGCAGGGAUGAAAGGAGAAUAUUUGAGGUGCUGGGCGUGCAAUGGCGGGAGCCACAUGAGAGAUGGUGUUGA